GUAGAAUUCCUCUCAGUUACAUGUUUGGAUAGCAAUCUUGUGGAUUACCAGCCUGGUUGUUAAUAAGAAAGUUGUGAUAGUUUGAAGAUUGCCUACCUGGACAGCCAUGGCGGAAAACAUUAAAGUUGCCGUGAGAGUGCGACCUUUCAAUGACCGCGAAAAGAAGAAUGGCAGUAAAAUGAUUGUGAGGAUGAGUGGGCAGACCACUGAGAUCAUUCAUCCUGAGUGCACGCAACCUCCCAAGAAGUUCAACUUCAACUAUUCGUACUGGUCCCACGACGGCUACAACGUUCGGGAGGAUGGCUAUCACGAGCCGAAAGACAGGCAGUAUGCAGAUCAGGAGCGUGUGUACAAUGAUCUAGGAAAGGGAAUGUUGGAGAAUGCAUGGCAAGGUUACAAUGCCUCCAUAUUCGCCUACGGACAAACUGGCAGCGGGAAGUCAUACUCUAUAAUGGGGUAUUCCGCAAACAAAGGAAUCGUUCCAAGAAUUUGCGAAGACUUGUUCCGAACUAUGGACCAAAGGAAAACUGAAGGAAUGGAAUAUCAGGUUUCCUUCAGCAUGAUUGAAAUAUACAACGAGACAGUCCGAGAUUUGUUGACCAAGAAACGUAAGCCAGAUGGAGGCCUUGCAAUCCGAGAAAGCCCGGACAAGGGGUUCUACGUGGAAGGUCUGGAAAAGGUGCCAGUAGGAAGUGCCGAGGAUAUCCAACUCAGGAUAAAUGAAGGCGAUCGACAAAGGACUUUGGCAGCCACUAAAAUGAACGAAACUAGCAGCCGCGCCCAUACUCUGGUGACUGUAUACCUACUUCAGAAAAAUCGCAAGAACAAUCGCGUGAAGCAGUCCAUUAUCAAUCUGGUGGACUUAGCUGGGAGCGAGAGAAACAAGCAAACUCAAACUACUGGAGACAGAUUUGAGGAAAGUAAGAAUAUCAACCAAUCUCUCAUGACUUUGGGAUCGGUCAUCAGGGAGCUGUACGAAAAAAAGACACAUGUCCAGUUUCGUAAUUCCAAACUAACGAAGUUAUUGAAGAACGCCAUUGGUGGAAACAGUAAAACAAUAAUGAUGGCAACAAUCAGCCCUUCUGACGAGAAUUAUGAACAGACGCUCUCCACCCUAAAGUAUGCGAGCCAAGCCAUAUUUAUUUCCAACAAAGCUAUUGUGAACGAAAAGCGGACUGAUGAGAUGAUAAAGCAGUUGUUGUUGGAGAAGGAAGCCCUUCUGAAAGAACUCAACGAAGCAAGGUCCGGAGUCAACACCAAGUUUUCUGGUUACACCGAAGAAGAAAUACAGGAACUUAAAGAAAAACAAGAAGCAGAGAUUAACCGCUACAGAAUGGAAAUGGAGGACAUGGAGUCUUCGUGGCAGAAGAAACUGGAUGAACAAAAAGCAGAAAAAGAGAAAUUACUACAGGAAGCCAGACGCGAAAAGGAGGAACGACGUCUACAACCUCAUAUCUGGAAUUUAAACGAAGAUCCGGCACUAACAGGAAAAGUUUAUUACGUGGCCAAACCUGGUGACACAACAGUUGGGAACAGGCGGUCAGCGCCAGAAGCGGAUAUUAUCUUACAUGGACCAAGUAUCACCAAACAGCACGCCACUCUUCGAAACAAGGGUAAUAUCGUCAGCAUUUUACCUGGUCAAGGCAAAGUACUAGUUAAUGGCGAGGAGCUUAAACAACAGCGGAGUCUUAAGCACCAAGACAGACUUUUCUUCGGCUCUGCAAACAUAUUCGUAUUUCAUCAUCCAAAAGAGGAAGAAGUUCUGAAAAGCAAGAAGAAACUUUUGACUAUAACGCAUGACUUUGCCCAGCAGGAAAUAGCUAGCAGUUCUGGCAUUGACGUCAGCAGUGAGGAUGGGAUUCUUCAGCAGGAAGUCCUGUCUAUUUUGCCAUCAGUGUUGGACGCUAACGCCAUAGCGGCUCAUCUUCAAAAGAACGUAGAAUUUCAAAUCUGUCUCAUGUCCGGGACGGCUCGAGGUCAGCCAGGCUCAAGGACUGAGUUAUUUGUGAAAGUCAAGAAUACCAGUGGCAAAGGUUUUGAAUUCAUGUGGAGCAAGGGAAAGUUCAUUAACCGCCUGGAUGUCAUGCGCACUAUAUACCGAAGAUUUGAGGAUGGCUUAGAAAAAUGGGAUGUCGAGAAGAAAGAAGACGACCCUUUCUGGGAGCCGGAUGAUUCCGAGGUGAUGAUCGGAGUCGUCUACACUCCCCUAGAGAGUCUGGCGCAUCUUCUGGACUUCAAUGACCACCUGACCAUUCUGGACUACACGGCUCAACAGAGAGGCCAUCUGGUGGUCAAGCUCUGUCCCUGUAAAGCUGAUGGACGAGAACCUGCCAAUCCAGAUGAUCUGUUUGUGGAAGAGCCCAUCGAUCUGGUUGGGACGGACGUUGCAUUUAAAGUGAAGAUUGAAAAAGUCUUGAACUUGGACAGACAACUCAGUAAGAUUUGGUGCCGCUAUAAACUGUCAGAAGGAUACAAAUACGUAACCACCGAUCGGACAGGAGAUCCAAGCAAUCUCAACUUUUCUCACCUUCACGUGUUGAAAGCAAUGACACAAGAGCAAGUGGUGUUCCUGCAGAAUGAGACGAUUGCUAUUCAAAUAUGGGGCUGCCAAGGGAAGGCGUCUUAUACCAAACCGAACGCAAUUGUCCGGAAAUCUGUUCCGGUUGCUGAUGUCCACGUUCCAAUACCAUCAUCCCAGGAAAAGGCCCAAGGAGAUCAGACGAGGCUUCUUAAGUCCGAAGUCAACACGUGGAAGAAAAAGGCAGAAAAAUACCAAGAACAAUUACGGAAAAUAAAAGACUUGGUCAGUAAGGACAGUGGCUCCGAUAACCCUACGAUUAGCCGCAUAAAGCAGGUUUUGGAGAGCUAACAUCGAAGGGAGAUAUUCCUGCAUCGUGACUACAGCUCUGGGAAUUUCCUGUGCUUCACAUUGGAUCAUUCUUAGCGUACUCUGUUUUAUAUCCAUUUAAUUAACUUGGAUUAAUCAUUUUCCCGCAUGCACGUUUUAAAACAUCAACUUUUUCAUUUCUGGGCAUUUGACCUACAUUUGGCAUGAGUAUUUUCGUCCUACCAUUUUGUUUACACGUGAUAUUUUGAACAUUUUACAACUGUAUGUGAUACUAGAUGGACAUAGGGUAUAUGUAGGCAUAACGUGAUACAAUUUGUGUACCUUUACAUACUUACCUACUUAAAUUAAUGUCUGUGAUAUAUUCCCUUUGAAGAUGUGGAGGGAACAGCCAUAUCAAGAUCUCAAGAUGCUAUAUCCAAUAAUAUUUCCUCCUCUCAUUCAAUUUACGAUAGCUCAAACAAUAACCGUUCAUGAAAAUUGGUGCAUAUUUUGUUUCCCAUGUGAAAGGGGGUCGUUACACGGUUUAAUGUCAUUAAACACCAUUAAACACUCA